AGGUGGCCGGGAGUCAGAGCUCCUGCAGGGAGACCUACGAGCUGGUUGCCCUGGGGACGGGAGACGUUUGCUACGAGGGUUGGAUGGAGUUCGAUGGCCGGACCCUCCACGAUAUGCACGGGCUGGUGGUGGCCCGCAGAGCGCUGAUGAGGUACUUCUACAAGCAGCUGCUCAUGUUCUGCAGCAAAGACCCGGCGGCUGUGGAGAAAUGCAUCUUCUGCCUCACAAAGGACGGGACGCGCUUGGCUCUGAAACCGGGGUUCUUCCUGCAUCUCUAUCUGACCCGCCGGCCCAGCGGAGCCCUGGCGAACUUCCAGGUCACGACAUUACAGCCAAAUAUGCCUGUUGAGGUCUACAUCAGCGUGAAAGGCACGCUGAGACCCAUUGCCUACUGCCGUCCCAGCACUCUGGCCGCCUGCGUCUACUGCGUGUCCGGCAGCGACAAGCUGACCCGCUGGACCAUCUUGGGUGUCCAGGGGGCUCUCUUGAGCCACGUCAUCCACCCGGUCUACAUCACCAGCAUCGUCCUGGCCGACGCCUACCAAGACAUCGCCGUCCUCCACCAGGUCAUCAACGGCCGGCUGCAGCUAGCCCAGGAGAGCCUGCCGGAGCCGUACCGCCAGAGCCCCGUGCACCUCUUCGAAGGCCCCGGAGUCGCCCCUCUCAACGUGUCGCCUAUAUGCCACUCCUGGAGCUUCAACUGGUGCGGUGGAGACGAAGCGCUGGAACUCGUGAACGGGGCGGUCGGGAAGGCCGCGCGGGAGGAGGCUAGGUCCUCUCUCUUCAUCUCCUUCGCCACUUUCCUGAAGAACUUCAGCAUAGCUGCCUUGCAAAGCCGACUGGGGCGGCAGAAGUCGUCCACGUUCAUGAUGCUGACGGAGGUUCAUGCAGAGGACUACCAGAAUGUCAAACAGCAGGUCUACGCCCAGCUGAGCUUGCAGGACUUCGGCAAGUGGUCCCAAAAGCGGCUCGUGGACAUCUUUGCGAGCUGA